UGCCGAUCCGAGGGGCCGAACUUGGCCAUGGAGCCAGUGGCGACCUGGACCCCCAGGAAGGUGGCGGCUUGGCUGAGAGAUGCUGAAAACUCUACACCAAGCCAACGAGUGAUUUGCUCAGGCUUUGGACUAGGGCCUGCCGGAGGUGUCUUUUCCCUCCCCCCACCCUGAGGCUCCCAGCGAGAGCAGAAGCCCAGGCCCAGCCCCUCCCGAGACCUCCAGGGAAGAUGAGCCCAGGCCUGGACGAUUCCCUGCAGGGCUACUGCUUUGAGGACUGGGAGCUGCCUGGCAAGUACCUGCUCCAGCUUUGCCCCCGCAGCCUGGAGGCUCUAACCGUGCGUCCUCUGGGCCACCAGGAGAUCAUCCUGGAAGGGGUGGAACAGCUCCGGGCCCUGGUAAGUGGAUGGCGGCCCAACUGGCUGCAGCUUCUGCCCACCCUGGGGAUGCUGAUAGGGGGCUGGCCCCUGCCGGAGUUAACCUGCCCCCUCUCUGUACAGAGCGCGGGGCUACAGUCAGAGAACCUGCGGAGCCUGACAGAGGGGCUGCUGGAGGGAACCCGGGCAUUCCAGAGCUUGGCCCGAGGUCGCUUGGGGGGCUGUGCAGAGCCCCCUGCAGAUGUCCUUGGUGCGGCCGUGCAGCUGGUACACGAGGCCCGUUCCCUCCUCUUCUGGCUCAACAGGUACCUCUUCUCCCACUUAAAUGACUUCUCAUCUUGCCAGGCGAUUGGGGAAUUAUGCGGGGAGCUGGGCCAGGCCUUGCAGGAGGACUGUCCAGCGGCCGAGAAGGAAAGCAAAGUCCUGAGGAUUGUGAGUCAGGGGCUGAGCGGGCCAGGGGGAUGGGGUGGGAUGGGACUCAGGCUGCCCUCCAUCCUGCCCUCCAUCUGCCAGAGCAGCCACGUGGCCGGGAUCUGCUGCAACAUCCUGAGCUGCUGCCCGGAGGAGCUGCUGGAGCAGAAGGCUGUACUAAAGCGAGUGCCGCUGGACGAUCCUUCGGGCCUGGAAAUCCACACCACCAGCAGCUGCCUGCACUUUGUGUCUCGAGUGGGCGCCCAGGUGAGAGCCCUCCACCUGUCUCCGCCUCCCAGCCCCAUAGUCCUCUUUACCUGCCGGCCAAGCCCCGUGAGGGUGCACCCCUCUGAACCCCACCUCCGACACCAGGUCCCCACCGACCCCCAGCUGCAGGUCCUGCCUGGAGACGAGAUUGUCCAGGUCAACGAGCAGGUGGUGGUGGGCUGGCCUCACAAAAACGUAGUGAGGGAGCUGCUGCGGGAGCCAGACAGGGUCAGUUUAGUGCUGAAGAAGGUCCCGGUGCCGGAGACCCCACAACAGACCCCUCCUCGGCCCCUGGACUCACCAUGCCCAGUGAGCCCAUCACCGGUUCCGGCCUCCGUGUCUCCCAGGACCCCCUCUAAAGACAUCUUUGACUUCGACCUGUCUUCAAACCCAAGUCCUGGACCCAGCUCUCCUGCCUGGACAGACGCAACCUCCCUUGGCCCCGAGCCCCUGCCCAGCCCCCCUGCAACCCCAGCCACACACCCGGCAGAGGUAGCAGGCACUCCAGAGCGCCCAGAACACCCUGAUAGGAGUCCUGUCCCUGGCUCCAGGAAAACAAAAGGCGUGGCGACGCGUCGGCGGGUGUCGUGUCGGGAGCUGGGCCUGCCCGACUGUGAUGGCUGGCUCUUGCUCCGCAAGGUGCCCGGGGGCUUUAUGGGCCCGCGCUGGCGCCGCUGCUGGUUCGUGCUCAAGGGACACACACUCUACUGGUACCGCCAGCCCCAGGAUGAGAAGGCCGAGGGUCUCAUCAAUGUCUCCAACUACAGUCUGGAAAGUGGACAAGAUCAAAAGAAAAAAUAUGUGUUCCAGCUCACCCACAACGUGUACAAACCCUUCAUCUUUGCUGCUGAUACCCUGACGGAUCUGAGUAUGUGGGUGCGUCAUCUCAUUACCUGCAUUUCCAAGUACCAGUCUCCAGGCCGGGCUUCCCUGCCCCGAGAGGAAGACUGCUACAGCGAGACGGAAGCCGAAGAUCCUGACGACGAGGCUGGAUCCUGCUCAGCCUCGCCCAGCCCGGCCCAAGCUAGGAGUUCGCUCCAUGGAGAUCCAUCACCUGCAGCCACCCCGCAGGGCAGCCCGCAGACCUCCUUCAGUCCGGCGGCAACAGACAGCAGCGAAGGGGCCCUCGAAAGAAUGGUCCGGGGGCUGAGGCUGGGUGGCGUGUCCCUGCUGGGCCAGCAGCAGCCCCUCACUCAGGAGCAAUGGCGAAGCUCUUUCAUGCGGCGCAACCGAGACCCGCAGCUCAAUGAGCGAGUGCACCGUGUGCGCGCACUGCAGAGCACGCUCAAGGCAAAGCUGCAGGAGCUGCAGGCCCUGGAGGAAGUGCUGGGCGACCCCGAGCUCACGGGAGAGAAAUUCCGCCGGUGGAAGGAGCAGAACCAGGAGCUCUACUCAGAGGGCCUGGGGGCCUGGGGAGGGGAGCAGGCCGAGGGCGGCUCCCAAGUCCUGAACUCUGACCCCAAGGAACAGUCUUCCCACCCGCCACCCUCUGACUCUGAGGAGCACUCCCCUCUCUGCCCCCUGACUCCAGAGAGUGACCCCCGACCUCCUGACCUCUAACCUUGACCAGUACCCUAAGUUUCCGACCUCCGGCCUUGAGGACCACCUCUGACACAUCUAGGACAGAGCAUCCCUGCAUGCUGUUCUGAGUUGGAGGUAGUGCUUGUCCGUGGUUCUGCCCCAAGCUGACUGCCUCUGCUCCACCUUUCGCAUUUCUGCCCCUCUACCUGCCCUGGAAUGGGGUAAAGUGAAGUGAGCUGUGUGCCAAGGAAGGAGCGAGAGGCAGGGGUGCAAGAACUCUUUCUUACCUGUGCUCUACAUGUGCCCCCUCCGCCCCUCAGCACAUCUCCAUUCCCCAAGCCAGUCUGUACAGAAGUUCUUCACUUGAACCAGUAGAUACUUUUCAACUAAAUAAAGUCAGUUUCUUUAACAUGAA